AUGGUCAUUCUUCAAAAGGUCCCUCAUGUUCGCCGGAACCGCGACAUCAAACCACUGCUGACUCGGCGUCUUGAUCAAUGGGACAGUGGUCUUUAUGAAUCACUUGUUACCGAAUGUCACAAAGCCAUGGAGUCUUUCCUCUCCGAUCGCCGUGGCUCCAGCACACGAGAACAACGAGCCCGCCGCUUUCAGCAUCUCAUGCUUCAAGGUGAGGUGCGCCGAGCUGUCCGCUUUAUCACUGCACGUGAACAAUUCGGCGUGCUGCUCCCCACAGCUCACACUGAUGACGGCAAGGGAAACGAUGCGGUUGCUGGCAAACUAUCCGGUGCUUGUGGCCUAGGCGGCACCGAUGGUCCAACUCUCAAAAAUUGGCUCCUUCGCUAUCGACGAGCUAGUACCCAACUUCGAGCUGCGUUUGGUCUCUUUGCUCAAUGGCAAGCCAACAACUUGGUUCCUUGGGCCGCCAUCCGCGCUCUCAAUGCCAAUCGCGGCAUGGCUCUCGAUAAAUUUCCCGGUGUACGCCCCAUAGGUAUUGGUAACAUUGAACGACGCUACAUUGCCAAAUGUGUCCUCGCUGUUGCUGGCCCCGCUGCGGCUGCAGCUUUCCGUUGGUUUGAAAGCAGGCAUUGA